AAAAGGGCGGGCACGUUUCCGCCCUCGGCUGCGUUUGCCGUUGUUGGUGCUGCGCUGGAAAUCGCCACUGCCGCUUUGCGGCCCAGAUCCCGGCUCUUCCCUCGACAAUAUUGGGAUUUCAAACGGUGGCAAAGAGAGCCUUUUGACUAAUCUCUCACCACCCUUAGUGUCACAGGAAGCCAAGAUGGGGGAGCAACGUUCGAGUGAUGAUCGGGUGUUGGAAGUGUGCGGCACCAAGGACAUACCCAACGACAUUCUCGCCUUGUACUUUGAGUGCAACCGACGCUCAGGGGGAGGACCCAUUUCACACAUAACUUGGGAAGAAGACCGCGCUGUGAUCACCUUCGAGAACCCAGCAGAUGCUCAGCAAGUUUUGUCCAGGUCAGAGCACACAUUCCAAGACGUCAGGCUCAUUGUGAAGAAAGCUGCGCCGCGUGAUCCGAGAGCCAUACUGAUCCGUGACCUGGCCACCGAGAUUUCAGAUGACAUGCUGUUGCUCUUCGUGGAGUUUAUCACAGGACUGGACUCUGCACAGUUCACAGUGCACUUAAGCCCGGACAGGACACAAGCGCUUGUUCACCUCCAGGAAGCAUUGUGUACAGAGGCGUUUGAAGAAGUGAAGAAAAAAACUAGCACCAAACGUCUGCAAGGUGCCCUGGUACAAGUGGAUCAGCUUCCCCAUACAGACCGCAUCCUGGUGGAAAAUCUCGGCCCCAUCGAUGAUGAGGAGCUUAUGCGCCUGUACUUUGAGAGCCGACGGAGCAGUGGGGGAACCGUGCUGAAUGCCACCAUGAUUACAGGAGGAAAAGCCAUCGUUGAAUUCCAGGAUUGGGAAGUUGUGGACAGAGUUCUGCAGAAGGAGCACACACUUCAACAACAGAAGCUGACCGUACGCCCUUAUUACAGCUUCCUCCACUCCCUCAAUGCUGUUCAGCAGAGUGACAAAAGCGGGGAGGAUGUCAGACCCGAGGCGUCGGCCAACGGACGUUCGAGCAUGAUAAAUGUCCCCGAUGCUCUGAAGAUGAAAGCCCUACAUUCAGGUAGGUUGCUGCAGGAUCUGAUGAAGGACUACCAGGACCUGUCCAUGGAGGCAGACAACAAUAAUGUCAUCCGUGUAAGCGGAACGGACUCUCAGCAGGUCCAGGAAGCGGAGAGCCGAAUUGUGGAAUUCCUCAACAAUGUGGCACACGUGGAUGUCCAUAUCAGCCAGGACCUGUCGGAAUUCCUUUCCCGAACUGACAUUCAGGAUUAUUUGCAGGGCUUGCUGGCUACAAGGGAACCUUGGUCUUGUUUCUGUGUCUGUGACUGCACGCUGUCAGUGGCUGGUCCGUCAGUCCCAGCUGCCCGUGAGACUGCCUGUCUGCUCGAACAGCAGGUGUCCCAGUUCAGCAUCUCGGUCAAGGACCAGCAGCUCUACGUGCUGACCUCUGUGGAGUGGGAGAGUCUGCUGUCGUCACUGAAGUACUGUAGUACCCGGCUGACUGAUGCUGGCGACCAAGUGUGGUUCAUAUCCCUUGCCAGCUUCAGAGUGGAGAAUGAGAGACGGGUGGAAAACCUGCUGAACGAGGCGCUGCUCCAGGAAUCGGUGAUAGCAAUGGAGCCUGGCAAGCUGAGAUACCUGCAGGAUUACAACCAAGACCUGCUCACUGGAGACGGGCAGGUCUCCAUCCUCCCACUGGAAGGUGACGUCACUGGACUACGGGUGACCGGUCAGGCCAGUGCCUGUCAGACGAUGGACGAGCUUCUCCGCAGCAUCAUCUCCACCAUCUGCUCUAGAACUGUAACCCUGCAGGAACCCGGCGUCUCUCGCUUCCUACUUGAGAGAACCGGAGCUGACAUCCUCAGGCAGCUGGAGGGGAAGCAUCGAUGCACGAUUGGGCUGGAAAGAGCUUGCUGGAUAAAGCCACAGUCGGAGCAUCCUCUGGAAACCCAACGGAACCAGGGAACGCCGAGGUUCGAGAGAAAUGCUCCCAUUUCUACAGAGUUCACAGUGUUCCAACAGCAAGCGAAUGCUAUCAAGCUGAAUGAGAACCUUCCAGACCUCAAUGAGAUCCGAAGUUUGCUUGCAUCAGUCAAAGACACUGAUCAGAAACGAGGUGAAGAUGCAACCACUUUGAAUUCUCAAAGAAUAGCAGAUGUUGGUGAAAAUGUUUUGGAUGACGAGGAUAUCUACACUGACCAGACUUCUAACAUACUUCCUUUGGUAGAUAAUGACAUUGAGGAACCUGGCGUUGACAAUGGCAACAGAAAAUUCCAGGAUGGAGAUGAUAAUAAUAAUGGCGCUUGCGGCUUUGGUCCUGAGAUGGUGGAUGCCGAGGAUGAUCCACAAUUGUACCUCGCGCUGCAGUAUUCCAUGGACAGCAGGUUACAGCAGACCAAGGAAGAUGAGGAUCUUCAGAGGGUCCUAGAGCUGUCAAAGAUCGAUGAAAGAGACCUGGAACUUGCAAUUCGUGCAUCCAAAAUUGAGUCCACUGAAGCUGGGCUCGAAGAGGCUAUCAAAAUGUCUAUGGCCGAUGCCCUACGAGCUUCCAAUUCUGCCCACUUAACAAUCUAUGGCAGUGUUGAAUUGGAUUUCAACCAGAUGGUGGACGAACUGGAGAGGAAAAUCCGAUCUUUUACAUGUGAGCAGUCGGUUCAACACUCCUGCCUCCAGAACCUGCCCAGUGAAUACAAGAGUUACUUAGAGUAUCUUCAGCGCAAGCAUGCUGUCUCCAUCGUUGGGCAAGGGAAUGAAGUCACAGUCCGCGGAUUUGUGGAGUAUGUCGUGCCCGCCAAGGAGAACAUUACUCAACUUGUGCAGUGGAUCAUCGAAGAUGAGGUGGCCAGAGUGGAAGAAGCUUCCUUAGCCAAAUCAGUCCAGUGGGUCAGGCAUAACUGGCAAGGUGUUGCUAUUCCUUACACGUUGAAAGCCAAUGCUUUCAUUGAGAAAGCCUUUCAAUGCAAGCAGAAGAAGAUUGAUGUGAUAUUUGACAACCAGCCGUUCACCAUUGACUUCGAACAAAUGACGGAAUACAGUGUUGGGGCAACAGAGACUCUUAAAGUUGAGAGGAAAUCUCUGACUAGUUCUUCUGUUGCAGACUCGCUGCCUCUGGCUGGAUGCGUUAAACUUGUCCAACUGAAUGAAUCCACUGAGGAAUACACCAAAAUGACGUCCCACUUCUUCAAAACCCUGAAGGACCUGCAUGACAAGAUCAGAAUUAUAAAGGUGGAAAAGGUGCAUAAUUCAUUGCUGUACCAACAGUACAUGCUGAAGAAGACCAGCAUGGAAGCCACCCAGACCGACGUUGAGCGAGUCCUGUACCAUGGAACAAGCGAGGAGAGCGCCAAAGAGAUCUAUAUGCAUGGCUUUAACAGGAGCUUUUGUGGGAAGAAUGCGGCCGUCUACGGGCAAGGUGUUUAUUUUGCAGCAAGCUCUAUUGUCUCAGUGGACAACCAGUAUUCCCCACCCAACCCCGAUGGGUAUAAAUUUGUGUUUGUGGUGAAUGUCCUGAUCGGAUCCUACACAAAGGGGGAUGUCAAGAUGAAGACACCACCGCUGAAAGAGAACGGCAAUACACUGCUCAGGUACGACUCCCUGGUAGACAACUGUGACAAUCCCAAGAUAUUCGUUAUUUUCCAUGACACUCAGGCCUAUCCUCAGUACCUCAUAACAUGCCAGUGGAAAUGACCCACAUCUCUGCCUGAAUCGUCCGUGAAGAUUGCAGAAACGAAUGUGCCUGCCCUGUGAAUCAAGAUUAUCCUGCUGCUGUUUUAGCCCCAGCUGUCCAGGCCUUAUCAGGUCCCUGGAGAACUUCAUCUAGCCUUAAUCAGCUGCCCUGUAAGGGUGAAGAGCAGAAUAUGAUGUUGCUGGGAGCCCACCGAUCCUUGGACUUGGUUAACUUUCCCCACCACAAGCCCCGACCUUGUGUGAAGCUGAACCCUCUGCCUCACGGGGAAAGCAAAUGGUAGAUUGUCACAGGGCUGGGACACUUGACAGAAUUCAAAGCUCCUGCCUUACUGCUGUUUUUUCUGUUCAUUUUGGAAGUUUAUGAAAUAGAAUACCUGCAAAUAUUUGUGUUUUUAGAAUUGAAGUUGGGCUUUUCGUGGUGGGGUUUGACGGUGAGGUUGUUCUGCUUCUCUGGCACAUCUCGGGUCCCUGUUGUAUCUUCGCCAAUUUCAUAAAACAUAGAACAGUACAGCAGAGUAUGGGUCCUUCAGUCCAUGCUGCUGUGCCAACCAUUAUCAUUCUACACCAUCAUUUCACCUUCUCCAGCCCUUGCCUUUUCCACCUAUCACCUCCCAGCUCCUUAUGUCAUCCCCUCCCCCAUUCACCUGGCUUCACCAGUUCGUACUGCUUUCUAUCCACCCCCCACCUCCUUAUUCAGGCAUCUCCCCCCCCUUCCUUUCCAGUUCUAAUGAAGGGUCUUGGCCCAAAAUGUCGACUGUUUAUUCAUUUCCAUAAAUGCUGCCUGACCUGCUGAGUUCCUCCAGCAUUUGGUGUGUGUUGCUUUGGAUUUCCAGCAUCUGCACAAUCUCUUGUUUAUAAUCCUACACCAUGAUCAAUCUAACAGGCUGUAACCUUCCAUUUUUCUUUCAUCCAUGAACCUAUCUAACAGUCUAUCCACAUACCCAUCACUCUGUGUUUAAAAACAAAACUACCUCUAACAUCUCCCCUAAAAUCAUCAUCCACUCACCUUAGAAGGAUGCCCCCUGAUAUUAGCCAUGCUGUCCUGGGAAAAGGCGUUGGCUGCCUACUUGAUCUGUGCCUCUCAUAAUCUUAUAAACAUCUAUCGAGUUGCUUCUCAUCCUCCUUCGCUCCAAAGAGAAAAGCUCACCCUUGCCUCAUAAGACAUGCUUUCUAAUCCAGGCAACAUCCUGGUAACUCUCCAAAAGAUACAGGAGCAGAAGCAGGCCAUUUGGCCCAUCAAGUCUGCUCCACCAUUCAAUCAUGGUCUGAUCCAAUUCUUCCAAAUCUCAUCAGCACCUUCUCUUGAUUUUCCACAUCCUUCCUAAAUGAAGUGACCAGAACUGAAUACAAAACUCCCAAGUGUGGUCUAACCAGGAUUUUGUAGAACUGUAACAUCACCUGGUGGCUCUGGAGGAUUGGAGGAUUUGAGGAUUUACACUAUUUGCCACCUUGACAAUCAUCUUAUGCGAAAACUUUGAGGGAUCUAUGAAUGUUGGUUUUGCGAUCCCUCUGAUCCUCCACACUGCCAUUAACCUUGUAUCCCCUUCGGGUUUGGUCUUCCAAAGUGUAUCCUUACACUUUUCUGUAUUGAACUCCAUUUGCCAUGUUUCUGCCAGUUGUAACCUACAACCCUCCACACUGUCCUCAACAUCACCAACCUUCAUGUCAUCUGCAAGCUUACUAACCCACCCUUCUACUUCCUCAUCCAAGUCAUUUAUAAAAAUCACUAAGAGCAGGAAUCCCAGAACAGAUCCCUGUAGAACAUCAUGGACGACCGAUCUCCAGACAAAAUUGAUUCCUCUACUACCAAACUUUGCCUUCUGUGGGCAAGCCAAUUCCACAUUCAUACAGCCAGGUUUCCCUGGAUUAGCCUUCCAAAGGGAACCUUGUCAAAUACAUACACACCACAUCCACUGUUCUACCUUCAUCAAUGUGCUUUGUCAUGUUCUCAAAGAAUUCAGUCAUGCUUGUAAAUCCUGACCCUGAGAAUCCUGUCCAUUAGUAGUUGUAAGAUUCACUGUUAUGUAAUUCCUAGGAUUAUCCCUAUUAUCUUUCUUAAACAGGACAACAUUUGCCAAUGGUGUACUUCUCGUGUACUUUCUUCCAUUCAAUUUUUAAGUAUGGCCCUAGUAUUAGCCAUUUUCACUCUCGGAAAAAGGUGCCACUCUCUACGUUACCCUUGCCUUUUAUCAUCUUGUACACGUCUAUCAAGUUGUCUCAUCCUCCCUCAUUCCAAAGAGAAACGCCCCAGCUCGCUCAAUCUUUCCUCAAGACAUUCUCUCUAAUCCAGGCAGCAUCCUGGUAAAACUCCUCUGUACUCUCUGUAAAGCCUCCACAUCUUCUGAACAACAUACUCCAGAGUUCUACAGAGCUGCAAUGUUAUCUCACAGCUUGAAUUCAGUCCCUGACUAAUGAAGGUGAAAACAGCGUACGUUUUUAUUUUACCAAUCCUAUACUGGUGAGUCACACGUAUGAACUUUAGCUUCUGAUAUCUAUGACUCAAAGGCUUGACCCUACUGUAUUACAUUUAAGUUUAGCCACACAACCUCUACUUCUGGAAUCUGUAUCAAAUCAAGUUUAAUUGUCAUUCAAACCAUACAUGGAUACAGUCAAAUGAGACAGCAGAGCCAAGGUGCAAAAACAUACAUGCAUAUUUAAAAUAGCGAGGGAGAGAAAAAAGAACAUUUUAGAAAAAAGAAAACACAUUUUAGUUCAAGACCCUGAGCAACCUCCCGCAAAUUAAUGGUUCCUGGCAGUCCAGCUUGUAAUUCCACUGAUCUACUCUGGAGGGCAGCACUGACAGGAGUGGCCACCUCUAGUCAAAUCUACAACUACAACAUGCUACAACUGUGGUGACCCUGCUUCCUCUCUGUCUGACCCUCACUAAACGAGGGAAGCAAGCCCUCGGCAAUGAAUGUCCAGCAGGGUCUUGCGAUCACAAAAGAAGCAUUCACAGUUGAACCACACGCCACCUGCGUGCACCAACACUGGUGCCUUUGAGUAAUAGGCAGCACCACGGUCUCCACACAGGUCAGCUUCGGCUCUUCCUGCUGCUCAAUGGCCUGACUUGCCUCGCUCAACCCAAUGCCCGACUCACCUACUCUGAACUGCCAGCUGGCUCUUACAACAGACACCCUGGCCGACUGCUCUGAAUGAGCAGAUCACUGGUGUGGUAGAUCUGCUGCGCCUGUUGUUCUUGGAAUCCAGUAUAGUCUUACAAUCGUAAAAAAACACAUUUUAAAAAGAAAAGUGCACCUAUGGUUACCCCCGAGAGGCCGCUGUGUUCGAACGUGCUGCCAUCUUACUGGAAGUUAUGUGACUGGAUCACUACAGUAAGACCCUACACUGUGAUGAAAACAAAUGAAAAAGCGUAAGUAAUAACCAGACAUUCAUAUGUAAUUGGUGAAAUACUCUCAGCUAAUCUUCUUAAAAUAAACUAAAAGCCAUAUGCUUGAAGAUACUGAACAGUCAAGCUUGAUUCUAACUCUUAGAAAACAGAACAGUACCGUACAGGAACAGGCCAAGCCAAAUAAAUUAAUGGCUAACCAUAUUCAUGUGCCUAUCGAAAUGUCUCUUAAAAGUCCCUAAUGUAUCUGCCUCUACCUCCACCCAGGCUCCCACCACUGUAAAAAAGAACGUGUCCCUCACAUCUCCUUUUAAAUUACCCUCUCUCACCUUCAAUGCAUGCCCUCUGGUAUGAGACAUUGAAAAAAGUACUGUUGUCUACUCUAUCUAUGCCUCUCAUAAUUCUAUGAACUUCUAUCAGAUGUGCCCUUGGCUUCUGCUGCUCCAUAGAGUAGGUAAAAGGUGGAGAGAUGGUAUGGAAAGCUGAUAGAGAAAUGGCAGCUGUAAGUGGUUUCAAGGAAUUCUCUCAAGGCUUUCUGUAUGCAGCAAGUUUGAUCAUUGGAGCCAUUCUAACCUAACUGAUACAUUAAAGAUUUAUUUUCAAACUGGA